UAGAAAAACAAUAUUUAUUUUACAAUAUGGCUCACCUUGUAGCUUUCAUUACUCUUUUUCUCAUAACAAUGUGUCCAAUUUCUUCAUCAAUAUCUUGUGAUAAUGUGUAUUGGGAAUUUGUAACAUGUCUUAGGUACCUUGCAACUUAUGAAACUGAUCCAACAUCACGUUGUUGCAAAACUGUAGCUAAACUGAAUAAGGAUGUUGAAACUAUUUGUGAAUGUAUUGAGAAUUUGGCAAAUGAUUUAGAUAUCCGUUUUGAUCUUUCUCGUAUUAAUGAUCUUCCAAACAAAUGUCAUGAACCAAAAUCUUUGCCUAUUUUCAAUAUGAAUUGUACCAAGAUUAAUCACUGAAUGGAGGUGUACUUGGUGGAAAAUGGGAGGUGUGAAAAAUAAAAUAAAGGGUUUAAAAUGAGUAAUUAAUGAAAUACAUUUUAUUUUUUCUAUACUUGUUAAUCGUUUUUCCUUGGUCAAUAAAAGAAGAAACUACGAGCUAUUGUGAUAUAUUA